AUGAAAAACUGUCAAUAAAAUCAACGAUAAAAUUUUUACAAUUUCGUAUUUGGAUAUAAUAAAGAUUAGAGGUCUACUUCUAUGAAAGUAGAGAGAUUGAGACAGAUCACUGAAACUAGUGAAAUCAAAUAAAAUUAUUAUAAAGGAUUGUAACUUGGCAAAACUAGUGAAAAUGCAUUGAAGGUGAUUCAUAUGAAAUUAGAGAGACAGAGGCUUAGAAGAUAAUCAUUUGAAACGAAAACAGAAAUGGAGGAGGAACAUCUGCCUUAAGUUUAAUAUCCUGUUAAGCCUCCAAUUCUGCAUAGAACAAUAGUUAGCAAUAAAGAAAAUAUUAUUGAAAUGCCAUAUAAUUUAGCCAAAUAACAAUAAUUUUAAAAAAUAUACUAAAUUAAACGUAGACGAUUAUCAUAAAGAAUGAAGGUUAAGAAGAGUGAACCUACUAUAGAUUUUAGUCCAUGGGAAAAUCAGGAUAAUUUAGACUUUGACUUUUAUUGA